AUGUUCGAAGCUCGGUUGACCAAUGGCGUCACGAUGAAACAAAUCAUCGAAUCCAUUAAGGAUCUUGUAAAGGACUGCAACCUUGAUUGCAGUGAGGAAGAAAUUUCGAUUCAAUCCAUGGAUUCCGCUCAUGUCUCAUUGGUUGCAGUUCGACUUGGAGCCGGAGCAUUCGACCAUUAUCGAUGUGAUAGGCCAAAUGCUCUUGGUAUCAACACAGCAAACAUGUCCAAAAUCUUCAAGAUGCUCAACAAUGACGACACAGUAACCUUCAAGGCAGAAGACGAAGGUGAUGCAUUGACACUUUUGUUCGAGGGGCAAAAAAAUGACACUAUUGCUGAUUUUGAAUUGAAAUUGAUGGACAUUGACUAUGAGCAGUUGGGGAUCCCGGACACACCAUACAAGUGUUCUAUAAAGAUGCCUUCUCGAGAGUUCGAAAGAAUUGUUCGUGAUUUGCAGGUAUUGGGUGAUACAUGCACUAUCAGUUGUGGAAAAGAAGGCGUGCGCUUUAGUGUUACUGGAAACAUUGGUACCGGUAAUAUUUUGACGCGUGCCAAUGCGUCAGCUGAAAAAGAGAAGGACCAGGUUAUCAUUGACAUGGAAGAACCUGUGGAACUCAAUUUCGCGUUGAGAUAUCUGAACUUCUUCACAAAGGCAACAAGCCUGUCUGAUCAUGUUAUGAUCAGCAUGAGCCCGGAAGUACCUGUUGUAAUCGAGUAUCCCAUUCAAGACUACGGAUACGUCAAGUACUACUUGGCACCAAAGAUUGAGGAAGAAUAA